AUGAAGGUCUCUUCUUCUAUCUACACAAGUACGCUAUUGGCCGCAUUGGCGCAUAGUCGCCUUGCCGAUGCUGCUGCUGUGGGCAACACCAGCGACGAUCAGCCCAUACUGAUGCUGAGCUCGGAUCCGACAUUUCACUUUGAUCUGCUGGUCCCCCUCGCGCAGGCCACUGCUGGAGGUGCGGAUAUCAAUCCUAUUCUUGGCGCCGCCAAAGACAUUAAAGCGGGAGACAUGGACUCUUUCACCCAGGUGUUCCUUGCGCUUGCCAACAAGACCAAGGCCGACGCUGAAAACCCGGACAACGCGUAUGACCCCGUCAAUGUCCGAGACACCUGGUUCUCAGCGUCCCAAUACUUCCGUCGUGCCUCAUUCUUCCUCACUGGCAACUGGAGCGACCCGCUUAUUGAUAGCCUAUGGGUGGAGCAGAUGGCAGCCUUUGACAAGGGCUUGGCCGCCUUGCCUAUUCCUGGUGAACGUGUCCGCAUUCCGGCUCCCCAGGGAAACUUCACAGUUGAGGCCAUUUGGUACGCCGCCUCCGAGAGCAAAGACGCUAACCUGCCAACAUUGAUUGUCGGCAACGGCCUCGACGGUUCGCAAGAAGAUUCUUACCACAGCUACGUCGUGGCCGCCCUUGCUCGAGGGUGGAAUGCCAUUACCUACGAAGGUCCGGGGCAGAAUACUGUGCGCCGAGAACAGGGCCUAGGUUUCAGGCCAGACUGGGAGGUUGUCGUCACUCCUGUGGUGGACUACCUUCUUUCUGAAAAGUCGCAGGCCGUGGACAAAGACCGGAUUGCAAUUCUUGGAAACUCGAUGGGUGGCUACGGGGCUACCCGUGCAGUCGCUUUCGAAUCCCGGCUCGCCGCAGCGGUCCUCAUCGACGCGGUCUGGGACCUCUAUGAAGGGUAUGCGCUACAGAUACCAGAUGGUCUCCGAGAAGUUUAUGAGGCGGGUAACACGACGCAAUUCGACCACGAAAUGCUCUCGCGGCGAGAAUCCGGGAAGCUCUCCACCGGUGCAGCCUGGGGCUUGGACUACGGCAUGUGGACGUUCAACACGCACUCGCCCUCUGACUUUUUUACCCAAGUCAAGCAAUUUGCAGUGAGGGAUUUCAUUGACAAGAUUAGCGUUCCCGUGUUUGUGGGAGACGCCGAGUACGAAAACAAUUACCCCGGUCAGCCGAAGAAGGUGAAGGAGGCUCUAGGCGAUAAGGGUACUCUACAUCAUUACCACGGGGUCGCUGGCUAUCACUGCCAGACUGGUGCUUCACAAGAAGUGGCGAGAACCGUGUUUGCAUGGCUGAACAAGACUCUGGGAUAA